UCAAUAUACGAACACGUGUCCGUGACGUGGAUAUUGCCUUGGCGCCCUCCUUCCUCCUCCUCCUCCCUCCAUCACCCUCCUCUCUCUCCUCCCUUUCUCUCUCCAAACCCUCCGUGAGAACUGAACUCUUCGCUCCUCCUCAAAUUUCUAGUGGGAGAAAGUAGAUAGUUAAUGCAGAAUUCGAGAAGCUAGGGCUCAGGCCACAGCAUAAGAAAAGUUUUUUUUUUGUUUUUCUGGAUCGGAGAAUUGUCGGAGCUCUUGGUGUUAUACUGUUUUCUUCGUUUUAAUUAUCACAACUUUUAUAUCCCCAGAAGCAGCUGGUUUGAGAUUUGCAGUCAGAGAACUAGAAGACGUGGCUGUCCAAACGUUUUUCCUCUGCGGCAUCUCUCUAUUUGUCAGGAGAACCACUUUGGUGGUUGAUCAUGGGAAAAAGUGACGACACAAGGCCUUCUAAACCUGAGAAACCAUCUUCACCUCCACAGGAUCAGCCCAACGUUCAUGUCUAUCCUGAUUGGGCAGCCGUGCAGGCAUAUUAUGGCCCCAGAGUUCCUGUACCACCAUAUUUCAACUCAGCUGCUACAUCUGGUCAUGCUCCUCACCCCUAUAUGUGGGGGCCACCACAGCAUAUGAUGCCACCUUAUGGACCGCCGUAUGCUGCAAUCUAUGCACAUGGAGGUGUUUAUGCACAUCCCGGAGUUCCUCUUGCUGGUACUCCGUUCAUGGAAACACCUACCAAGUCAUCAGGACAUACAGAUCAAGGCACAGUGAAGAAAUUGAAAGGGUUUGAUGGGCUAGCAAUGUCAAUAGGCAACAGUAAUGCCAACAGUGCUGACGGUGGAUCUAACCAUGUGCAAUCGCAGAGUCUAGAGACAGAAACUUCAAGUGAUACAAGUAAUGGUAAUACAGCAGGGGCUGGUCGUGUUAGGAAGAGGAGCCACAAGAAAACACCAACACUCGGUGGAGAUGGGAAAACUGAAACACACAAUAGUCCAGAUGUUCCUCCUGGUGUUAACAAGGCUGGUCCUGCGGUGAUGCCACCUAAUGAAGCCUGGUUACAGAAUGAGCGAGAGCUGAAACGGGAGAGGAGGAAACAAUCUAAUCGAGAAUCUGCAAGAAGGUCCAGAUUGAGGAGACAGGCUGAGGCUGAAGAACUUUCAGUGAAAGUAGAAUCACUCAAUGCUGAUAAUAUGACGCUCAAGUCUGAAAUUAGUCGACUCACUGAGAUUUCAGAGAAACUGAAGCUUGAAAAUGCUUCGCUAAUGGACAAAAUGAAGAAUGCAAAAGGAGGACGAACGGAUGCAGUUAUUUCAACUAAGGUAAGUGAGAAGAGGGUGCCUGGCGGCACUGAGAACCUGCUUUCUAGAGUCAACAAUUCUGGAUCUGUAGAUGGAAGUGAUGAAGGCAAUGAAAUGUACGAGAAAAGCUCCAAAUCAGGCACAAAGCUCCAUCAGCUUCUGGAUGCAAGUCCAAGGGCAGAUGCUGUGGCUGCUCGCUGAUUGAGGAAUUUACAACUGUUUGGCAGAUUUUAAUUUAAGUGUUAAGCUGAAUCGUGCAAUUUGGCAUAAUUGUAAGCCCAAAAUUGCCACUAACAGUAGUAGAGGAAUGGAAUAACAGGUUAGGAUUGACGAACGGAAGACUCUUACUUUCACUUUGUGAUGUAGCUCUCUCUGGGCAGAACUGGUGUGUUUUAUUAGUUCAGAGUGCCGGGAAGGCCGCAAGAAGGUGGUGUAACAAAAAAUUUGGGUUAGGCAUAUUGUCAGACUACAUAAACCUGGUUUCUGUAACUUAAUGAGCUGUUUUAUGACACCCUUUAUGACAAUGGAGAAGUAGAUGUAUGUUUGCUGCA